AUGGAUCGGUUUAACAAGGCAACUCUUGAAAUCAGAGACCUCAAUCCAGCUGUUGCUCUCCACCAUCUCACUACGGCUUUGAAGCCCGGGCCAUUUGUCAACAGUAUUUGCAAAAAACCUCCUUCAGACAUGAAUGACCUACGAAGGAGAGCCGAUAAAUAUAUGCAGAUGGAAGAAUUGGCUGAAUACCGUAAUCAGGAUCGGACCAAACCGGUGAGCAAACCCGAAAAGCAGACAGAGCAACCCUACAGGGGGCGGGGCAAAGAGCUAACUCUUCGAGAUCGACCGGCACGAGGUCCGAAGUAUCAUCGCAAUCGGGGACAUUCUACUAAAGAGUGUGCCGCCUUGAAGGAUAGAAUUGAAGACCUCAUCAAGCAAGGGCAACUCCAAAAUUUCAUCGAUCGGUCAAAUACAUCUCGGCAUCGCUCAUCUUACCAGUAUCAGCAGCGAGACCGACCUGAGCGCUCAGAUAGACAUCGGCGUGAGCGCAGCAGGUCGCGAGAUCGGAAAGGUGAGCAACAAGCAUCGCAUAGGCGUGUGAUCAAUACCAUUGCAGGGGGCUUUGCCGGGGGAGGAUCAACUUCGUCGGCUCAAAAGAGACAUCUACGAGCGGUUAGGUCAGUCAAUCAUGUCGAACAACGUCCAAGUCGGCGAAUGUCCGCUAUUACAUUUACUGACAAAGACUUUCAAGGAAUUGACCCGGUUCAAGAUGACCCUAUGGUCAUCAGUGUUGAGAUCCAUAAUUGUAUUGUGAAGAAAACACUCAUAGAUCAAGGCAGUUCGGCCGAUAUUCUGUACUGGAAUACCUUCAAACAACUCGGCAUCCCCGAGGAAGAGCUAACUCCUUACAAUAAACUGCUUGUAGGAUUUGCAGGUGAGAGAGUCAACACCAAAGGGUUUAUCAAGCUCUCCACUCGGUUUGCUUCGACGAAAAGGAACAUCGGGACAUCCAGGUGA